AUGAAGUCGUUUUUCUGCCUUUUUGUGUUAGUGUGUGCCGCUACAGCGGUGCCCUUGGAAAACGAGGAGCAGAAAUAUUCACGUUUCAUUGAGAUUCCUACUGAUGAUGGCGUAAUGCAUCAAGUUGAUUUAGAGGAGCAGCCAGACUUCCAUUUAUUGGAAGAAAUCCAGAGGAACCCAGCAGACAACGUAUACCUACUAUUCACUAGGCGGAAUCCACUUAUAGCUCAGACUCUUACAAUAAACAAUGCAAAUAGCGUUACCUCAUCCAAUUUCAAUCCGAGAGUUCCAACUAUUGUCAUUGUUCACGGAUGGCUCAGCAACCGGUACACAAACCCAAACCCAACUGUCAGACGUGCUUAUCUGGACAAAAGUGACGUAAAUGUCAUUGUUAUGGAAUGGAGAAGGCUAGCUGCGUCUACAUAUCCUACUGCUGUCGCUGGAGUUCCGGCGGUGGGACGAGGCCUGGGUCAAUUUCUUACAUUCCUCAACAGUGCUACAGGAGCUCCUUUUAAUACAAUGCAUCUGAUUGGAUUUAGUUUAGGUGCCCACGUAGUUGGAAAUGCCGGCAGAGAACUUGGUGGCAGAGCUGCACGUGUUACAGGUUUGGAUCCCGCUGGUCCUCUAUGGGUGGCUAAUUCGAAUCGUCUACGACCUGCUGAUGGUGUAUAUGUAGAGGCAAUUCACACCGACGGUGGUGUUACGGGACUUGGUAUUGGACGUGCGGUGGCUGAUGCCGACUUCUUCCCUAACGGUGGCGUGAGUCAGCCUGGUUGUUAUACCAGUUUGUGCAAUCACAAUCGCGCUUGGGAACUCUACGCUUCAAGUGUGACCAACAACCACCUUGUAGGCAGGCAGUGUAAUACUAUGCUUCAAGUUUCCUUAAACACUUGUACCGGAUCUGCUCUUAACUUGGGCAAUGACGAUUUAAAUAAGAGAGGUAACGGCCUGUUCCGAGUGAAUACCCAACGAAGAUAUCCUUAC